UCAGGAUCCAAUCAGAACAUGGGAGGUGGAGCUAAACUAUGAUUCCACAGAAGAGGAAACCAGUUCCUGAACCAGACGCGCAACCUUUUCCCCCCAGUUCUCCUGUCGCGCUACAGGUUUUGGCUUUACCAAGAUGAAAAAGGUGGUUUUGGUGACUGGAGCGAACAGUGGCAUCGGCCUCGCGCUCUGCGAGCGUCUCCUCUCACACGACACGGAGGGCCUGCUCCUCUGCUUGGCCUGCAGAAACGUGCAGCGAGCUCAGGCGGCGCGCGCUGCCCUGCUGGCCUCUCACCCUGCAGCCCAGGUGGACCUGCUGCAGAUGGACACCAGCAGCGUCUCCUCUGUUCUCAGAGCGGCACAGGAAGUCAAAGUCAGGUACAAUCGGCUGGACUACCUCUACCUAAAUGCCGGCAUCAUGCCAAAUCCAGAAUUUGACGCAAAGGCCUUUUUUAGAGGCCUCUUCUCCAGUAAGGUGAUCACUAUGUUUGCCACCGGUGACGGGAUUCUGACUCAGAAAGAUGGUGUCACUCCUGACGGCUUGCAGCAAGUUUUUGCCACCAACCUCUUUGGUCACUUCCUUCUCAUUAGGGAACUGGAGCCGGUUCUGUGCCAAGAAGGACGAACCUCGCAGCUGGUUUGGACCUCCUCUAGUAACGCUAACCGGUCUGCCUUCAGUCUCGAAGACAUACAGCACCGGAGAGGAACUCAGCCUUACAGCUCCUCCAAAUACGCCACAGACCUGCUCAGCCUGUCUCUCAAUCAGCACUACAACAAGCAGGGCUUGUACUCAUCUGUCGUCUCCCCUGGAUUUGUGAUGACAAACCUGACCUUUGGCAUUCUCCCGUCGUUUCCGGCCUUUCUGUGGACAUUGCUCAUGCCUGUCUUUUGGCUGAUCAGGGUGUUUACCAACACUUUUACCCUGACACCUUAUAAUGGAUCUGAAGCUUUGCUUUGGCUAUUUAGGCAAAAGCCUGAAUCUCUGGAUCCUUAUGCUAAAUACCACAGCUUAACAUCAGGGCUUGGAAACAACUACACCCAACCACAUAAGAUGGACAUUACUUUUGAGACAUCAGAGUCGUUAUAUAUCAAAUUACUUCAACUUGAAAGUGACACAAGGAAGAAGCUGGCAGAAACACAAGCUGCAGGCCCCUCACUGAAGACCUGAAGGAGCUGAAUGAUCCACAUUCCACACUGAAAGAAAGAAGAUGCUAUUUUUUUGUUUCCACCAGCAGCUUGCAGGAAAAUUUACACCCGUUGAACUUAUCUGCAUUUUCUAUGCAACCUCAAAAUUUAAUGUAUAUUUUAUUGGGGGUUUUAUAUACGAGACAAAAGCGUUGGAUAAUUGUGAAGUGGGGGGAGGAGAGGAUCUGUGAUUAUCGAAACAACUAAACAAUUCAGAAAUGUGGCUAACAUUUCUAUUUAGCCACUGCCUGCAGGUAUUUUUUUUGGGUACAACUACUCUUACAUUUUUACUCACUCUGUUUUGUAAAAUAGCUCAACGUCAGGCACAUUCAAGAAAACUCAUCCAGUUGGUCAUAAAGUUAAUGCAAAUUAUUCAACCCAAAACAUUUUAGUGUAGCUUUUGCAGUAUGUCAACAGGGUCGUGCAUUUUCUGAAAUAUGGAGCAAAUUAUAAGAAAACAAUAACAUAAGAAUAUUACCGAUUUUCUAAGAAGUUGGCGUCCAGUCAUCACAUUGCAAUCCAGGAGGGACUGUUUGUAAUCUGGUUAUCAAUCCCCAAAUUAUCCAGACAAAACGCAGCGCUGUCCGACAGCAGACUUUCAUCGUCAUCAUCAUCAUCGUCGUCGUCGUCAUCAUCUUCCCAGAAGUUGACAUAUGUGCUCUGUGUGAGUGUCUCCGCGGUGUACGGCGGCGCGGCCACUUGCAGAAGCCCAGCGGCGCACCUGACGUCCCGCUGUGGGGAACCUGGUGCGCACAUCCAGCGGCGCUGCCUCGGCUCCCCGGCUUGGUUUCCAGCGGCGCACUCUCCCUCCUCCGCUUCGCUCAAUUUGGGGUUGCAAAAUGCCCACACCAUUCCGCAGAAGUAGAUGAAAAAUGUACCCAUGACCAUGACCAUGAGCGCAUAGGACUCUAUCAUAGCUUUAGUAACUGGAGACGUCAUUUUUCUUUAUGGAGAGCAGGAGCAUUGAUUGUGCUCAGAAGCGGCUGAGCGGGUCAUCACCGUGAUCAUGAAUAAAGGGGGCCGGGCCUUAAAAACAAGAGAAAAUCCGCUUUCAAAGUAAACUAUUGCAAAUAAAAACUUUUU